AUGUUCGUACACAAAAGUACUCGAGCACAGUUUGCCGAACAUGCGGCCGCCAUACGAGGCGAUAGCAGCUCCGAGGACGAGGAGGAGGAAGGCGAUGCAUUGCAGCGGCGACGCGAAGAAUGCGAACGCAAAGCGCGACGUGGGGAGAUGGAUCCUCGUUUGGAGUUCACAUUCCAACUGUUAAUCGACGCGACGCAACUGCCACGGCAUCAACUAAUGGACUACAUAUUCGAGGGCGAUAUGUUGGACGAAAUCAAUCAACUCUUUUUACCCAACAUGAAAAACAAACUUUUGUGGUUCUAUCAAGAAGUAGAUGAGCCCGAGCCGCAACCAGCGCAGGACCCUAACAAACCAGGACCCUCGCGCAGUGGCAUCGCAUCGAGCAGCUCAAAAACACCACAGGGUUCAUCACCCAGCGGAUCUGCACCGCCAAAGCCGAAAAAAUUGUUUCUUACUGACGGCUGGACUUGUGGCUUCACCGGGAUUUGUAUUUACAUCUUUCGUGUGAACACUUCAAAACAGUUGCCUGAAGAAGGCUUUCAAAAGGAUUUAUACUGUGGCGUUAUUGACGCAAAAAACAUCGGUCUGGUCACCUCGAUUGAGCGCAUUGUGGAAUAUGUCUUCAUGCAGGCAUUGGCGUUUCCGAGUUUGGAGGGCGAUGAAGAGGAUGUUAGUUGCGGACUGAUAAAAGGCCAAUUAUUACCGGGUUUGAGGUCCUUUUGCAGUGCUUUACGUGUGUGCGAACAAGUUUGCGAUCAUGUGAAUAUUUUCGAUGAUAAAUGCGACAUGUUUGAGAAGAUCGAGCACGUCGAGGAGGUCAAAGAUAUGGCCAAGAACCAAGAAUUUUGCGGCCAACUGGAAGAACGUGUAAACAAUUGGAUAAAGGGGAUUAUGAAGAUACUUGGCGAGAGUGAACAACUGCGCAAGGAGAACGACUCUAGUGGUCCGCAAGAUGAGUUGGAGUACUGGAAGAAGCGUGGUGCCCUAUUUUCGCAAUUGCUGGCACAUUUGCAAGAUCGCGAGGUGCAAUACACACUGCAUUGCCUAUUUUUGGCUGGAUCGCGUGUAAUGCGCGUGUGGAAGGAGACUGACCGGAAGAUUACUUUUUGCUACAACGAAGCGCGUGACAACUCGAAAUUCAUUCAGGCAAUGGAAACUUGUUGCCACUCUUUGUACUUAGACGAUCCGGUGAGCAUGAAGCGGUCGAUAUUAAGUUUGCUCCAAACAGUGCGUCUUAUCUACAGCGUCUCACAAUUUUACAACACUUCCGAGAGGACAUCUUCACUUAUGGUUAAGAUAACCAAUCAAAUGAUAGAAACCUGCAAAUCCUACAUCACUUGUCGCAGCAAGGAGACGAUUUGGUCGCAGGAUCGCAAUGUUAUACGCACCAAGUUAGGCAAUUGCAUUAAGCUAAAUCACAUUUAUCACGAAACUUACUAUACCGUUAGAGAGCAACCAUUUUUACCCAAUCAAACACCGUUCGGUUUCUCGGAAAACUUCGUUUUCGGAAAGUUCGACACAUUUUGCGAUCGCCUAUCAAAAAUUAUCUCCAUGUUUAAUCUAAUCGACGAUUACAACCAUUUGUUCGAGCGUCGCUUGGAGGGCUUACUGUUGGGUGAAACUCUCCAAGACGCCAGCAAUCAUUUUGAGGAAGCCAAAAAAGAGAUCCUCUCGAAGAAAUACGAUUACUUGGAUCACCGCAAUGGUGAAUUUAAUGAAGAUUUCGAACGCUUCAUGAACAAAACCGAUACGCUGAAAGACACCAUCGCCACACUUAUCGAGACCAAUUUUGACACUGUGUGGGAGACGCCACAAUGUAUACGAUUUCUCACACGUUUCGAGAAAGUCAGCGAGAAGAUACCGCUCAGUAAAAUGGACGAAAAAUAUGUGCGCAUCAUAAAGUAUGUGGAUAGGGAAGUUGACCGGGUCAAUAAGAUGUUUAAGAAACAGCGCGAUGAUCCACCCGUCUGCAGAAAUUUCCCUCCAAUCGCCGGCCGCAUACGUUGGAGCCAAGCCUUGGAUGCGCACAUGAAGGAACUGAUGGACGCUGUAUUGGAUCAUCAAGUGCUCAGCGGUCUCACCUUGACAAAAGAUUUGGAGAAUCGUUACAAUAAUGUGACAGCAAUGUUAAAGGAAUACGAAGAAGAGAUCGUAUCCAUUUGGUUGGAUCAGGAUGUUAGCGUAGCCGAUGCCUGCCUAUUACAGCCACUCUUGGCACUGCAAGGCGAACGUUUAAUCGUCAAUUUGCAUCCCACUAUACCGUUGCUCAUACGUGAAGCAAAAAUGCUGGCCAAGUUAAACAUUGAAUUGCCAAUUGUGGCCGCGACGUUGAUGAGCCGUCAGAAGUACUUCACUACUAUUCAAGACUCAUUAAAUUGUUUGAUCAAAAUGUUUUUGACAACUGUGCGUGCCGUAAAAUUGGAAGUGCGUCCAUUGUUUCUGCCACAACUGGUGCGUCUGACAGCAAUGCUGAAACCUGGCCUACACACCAUAAAUUGGACUCAUCAAAAUUGGACGGAAUUCUAUGAGCGUUGUAAACGCGCCAUCGAGACAUUCAAUGUGCUGGUUGCACGUGUGCACGACAUCUACUCCAACCGCAUUUUAAAUGUGCUCAUGUGGAUGCAGGAUGUCUCGUUACAAGUCUUGCCUGGAGAGGACGAAAUUUGGACGGUGGAAGAGUUUUUGGAGAAAAGUGAAGACGCCUGCAGGCACGCGGCCAUUGAAUUGAAUCGCAAAAGUCAAAUGGUUUCGGAGGCCGUAGAGGAAGUGCUGAAUUUGGUGGAUAAGGCGACUGAGACUUUCAAGCAAAUCGCCGGCGAUGAUGUUGUCACAUUGUUUGACGCAACAUCGCGAAAUCCAACUCAACCAUCAUCGGCGCGUAAGGGCGAGGAGGAGAGUGGUGCUGCAGCGUCAGGUGCUGCUGCUGGCGCCAAAGAAAAUGGUGCUAGUGGGGGCGGUGGCGGUGCUGCCGGCCAGCAGCAGGAUUGGAGCAUUUUAUGGUCUUGUUUUGAGAAUCCACUAACUCUGCUCUCGACCACCGAGAGUCUACCCAAGGGUAUGCAGGAUAUGGUGUGCAACGCUGUAGUGGAGAUGCGACGCUAUUAUAGUCGAAAGGUAAUUGAUGUGCUGAUUAAGGUGAUACGUGGCACUUUGGACACUAUCAGGCGUCGUUUCAUCGCCGACGAGAAUGAUUCCAUACCGAAGAAACCGAUAUUCGCCCUGCAUGCACAACUGCAGAUCCCCAUUGUAGUGAUCAAACCGAAUCUGGAUGAGCUGCAAGAGAUACUGAUAACGGCUGGCAAAAAUAUAACCGGCAUUGCCAAAGGCGUUGCACAGUGGACAAGCGGCAAAGAGCCGCAAGUAUCGACCACGCCACAGCCGCGCAUUGGUCGUAAUCACAACACCGGAAAUCGGGCGCGUCGUCGCAAGCUCUACACGCUGGCUUCGGAAGAGCGCCCGCAAAUGCCGCAUAUGCUGAAAUCUUUUUAUGCCGCCAUCAUGGAUAACAAAGAGGUGGCCAAGGCAUUAAAUUUGCUAUCGAAUUGCACCAAGAAUAUUAAACCAGAGAUACAGACCUACAUAAAGCGUUGGAAACCCUACCAUUUUCUUUGGAAGAACGACCGCACAACGCGCCAGCUAAUGGAGUUUGGCUUACAAGAGUUUGAGACGACUUUGCGUUGCUUGGCCGAGUUGGACGCCAAUCUGCUGGUGGAGCCUGAAAUGGAAGUGUUUGGCCAAUGUGUAGCCGUUUACAAUGAACGCCUCAAAUAUGGCUUGGCUAUUGAGAUCAAGUCUUGCAAUCACAAGAUUGGUCAGGCCAUGAAGAAGAAAUACAAAAAGGAGAUGGACUAUGUCUACGCAGUAAUUAAUGAAAUGGAUAGAAAGUUAGACAGGCCGAUACGAGAUCUCGACGAUGUGCGCAUGAUCAUGGAAACCUUAAGUAAAAUAAGGGAACAAGAAGUAGACAUGGAGCUGCGCAUCGACCCAAUAGAAGAAGCCUUCAAUGUGCUCACCCGAUAUGAAGUUCAAGUGGAACGUGAGCAAUUCGACUUAGUAGACAAUUUACGUAGCACAUUCCAAAAUCUGUUGGCCUGCGCGCUACAGGCCCAAGUCAAGUUGCUCGACAUGCAACCAUCCUUCCAGGAUGAUCUCAGAAAUAAUUUGGAUAAGUUUAAACAGGACAAGAUACAAUAUGUUAACGAAUACCGCACGGCUGGGCCGAUGCAAGCGGGUCUCACACCACGCGAGGCUUCUGAUCGCUUGAUUUUAUUCCAAAACCGGUUCGAGGGAAUGUGGCGCCGCCUGCAAACAUACCAGAGUGGUGAAGAGUUAUUUGGCUUGCCACAAACUGAUUACCCGGAAUUGGGUCAGAUACGCAAAGAGUUAAAUCUGCUGCAGAAACUCUACAAGCUGUACAAUGACGUAAUCGACCGCGUGAGCAGUUAUUAUGACAUACCCUGGAACGAGGUGGAUAUCGAAGAGAUUAACAAUGAACUGAUGGAGUUCCAGAAUCGCUGUCGUAAACUUCCAAAGGGUUUGAAGGAAUGGCCGGCAUUCCAUGCGCUCAAGAAAACCAUCGACGAUUUCAAUGACAUGUGCCCCUUGUUGGAAUUGAUGGCGAACAAGGCAAUGAAGCCGCGUCACUGGCAGCGCAUCAUGGACGUUACUAAAUAUGUUUUCGAAUUCGACUCGGAAGGCUUCUCAUUGAAGAAUAUAUUGGAGGCACCACUACUCAAACACAAGGAGGAUAUUGAGGAUAUUUGCAUUAGCGCAAUGAAGGAGAAGGAUAUUGAGGCUAAGCUGAAGCAAGUAACCAACGAGUGGUCCGUACACGAAUUACAAUUCAUGAGCUUCAACAAUCGCGGUGAGUUAUUGUUGCGUGGUGAUACAACUGCAGAAACCAUAGGGCAGCUAGAAGACAGCUUGAUGGUGCUGGGCUCACUGCUAUCUAAUCGCUACAACGCACCAUUUCGAAAGCAAAUACAACAAUGGGUUUACGAUCUUUCGAAUUCGAACGAGAUUUUGGAACGCUGGCUGCUGGUGCAAAACAUGUGGGUGUAUUUGGAGGCUGUCUUUGUUGGUGGCGACAUUGCUAAGCAGCUGCCAAAAGAAGCGAAGCGUUUCUCGAAAAUCGACAAGUCCUGGCAAAAGAUAAUGCAACGCGCCCACGAGACGCCAGGCGUGGUGGCUUGUUGUGUUGGUGACGAUCUCUUGAAGCAGCUUUUGCCUCAUUUGCAGGAACAGUUGGAAAUUUGUCAAAAAUCACUCAGUGGCUAUUUGGAGCGCAAGCGCAUGAUGUUUCCGCGUUUCUUUUUUGUCUCCGAUCCGGCGCUGUUGGAAAUUUUGGGUCAGGCUUCCGAUUCGCAUACCAUACAAAAUCAUCUACUCUCCAUUUUCGAUAACACACGCAAGGUGAAAUUUCACGAUAUCGAAUAUAACAAAAUGAUGGCAAUUAUCUCCAGUGAGGGCGAGAUGAUACAGCUGGAUCGUGCGAUUCGCGCCGAGGGUUCCGUCGAGACAUGGCUAACUCAGUUGCUGGUCACAGCACAGCAGUCAUUGCAUUCGAUUAUCCGCACCGCUUAUGCUACAAUAAAUGAUCCAAAUUUCACUUUGUUGGGCUUUUUAGAAAAAGUCCCAGCGCAAAUUGGUCUUUUGGGUAUACAAAUGAUUUGGACACGCGACGCGGAAAUGGCGCUGAUGCAGGCCAGGCAUGAGAGGAAAGUCAUGUCGGAGACGAAUAAUAAGUUUCUAGAAAUUCUAAACACGCUGAUCGAUCAAACAACCAGAAAUUUGACAAAGAUGGAGCGCACCAAUUUCGAAACCUUGAUUACCAUACACGUGCACCAACGCGAUAUUUUCGAUAUAUUGUGCCGUAUGAACAUUAAAUCGGCCAACGAUUUUGAGUGGUUGAAACAGUGUCGUUUCUACUUCAAAGAAGACUUGGACAAGACCUGGAUUUCCGUAACGGAUGUAACUUUCACAUACCAAAAUGAAUACUUGGGUUGUACGGAUCGUUUGGUGAUAACGCCGUUAACUGAUCGUUGCUACAUCACGCUUGCCCAGGCGCUAACACUGAGCAUGGGCGGCGCGCCCUGUGGGCCGGCGGGUACCGGCAAAACGGAGACGGUUAAGGACAUGGGCAAGACGCUGGCUAAAUACGUGGUUGUAUUUAAUUGCUCCGACCAAAUGGAUUACAGGGGCCUGGGCCGCAUCUACAAGGGCUUGGCUCAGUCCGGCACUUGGGGCUGCUUCGACGAAUUCAAUCGCAUCGAACUUCCAGUGCUAUCAGUGGCAGCUCAACAAGUUGCAGUUGUGCUCACAGCCAAAAAGGAGAAAAAGAAAACAUUCAUCUUCACUGAUGGUGACACGAUUGAGAUGAAUCCUGAAUUUGGCAUAUUCAUAACAAUGAAUCCCGGUUACGCUGGACGAAAAGAACUACCUGAAAAUUUAAAAAUACAAUUUCGCACUGUCGCUAUGAUGGUGCCAGACAGACAAAUUAUUAUACGCGUCAAAUUGGCAUCCUGUGGAUUUUUGGAAAAUAUUACCUUGGCGCGCAAAUUCUACACGCUUUACAAGCUUUGUGAGGAGCAAUUAACCAAGCAGGUUCAUUACGACUUUGGCCUGCGAAAUAUACUGUCGGUGCUUCGUACGCUGGGUGCUGCUAAACGAAGGAACUCGAGGGAUGGCGAGAGUACGAUUGUGAUGCGGGUCCUACGCGAUAUGAACCUUUCGAAGCUGAUCGAUGAAGAUGAACCGCUAUUCAUGUCGCUGGUGUCGGAUUUGUUUCCCAAUCAGACGCUCGAAAAGACCAACUACCCAGAGCUGGAAGCGGCGAUUGCACAGCAAACUGAAGAGGCGAAUUUGGUCUACCAUCCUCCAUGGGUUCUUAAACUAAUACAGCUCUACGAGACCCAGACUGUCCGACAUGGCAUUAUGACCUUGGGCCCUAGUGGCGCCGGCAAGACAACUUGCAUCCACACACUUAUGAAGGCACUCACACAGAUGGGCGACAACCAUCGAGAGAUGCGCAUGAAUCCGAAGGCUAUAACGGCAGCACAAAUGUUUGGACGUUUGGAUGUAGCUACCAACGACUGGACCGACGGCAUAUUCUCGGCAUUAUGGCGGAAGACAUUGAAACUUAAAAGUGGCGAGCAUGUUUGGCUCGUACUGGACGGUCCGGUCGAUAGUAUUUGGAUUGAAAAUUUAAACUCAGUAUUGGAUGAUAAUAAAACUUUGACCUUGGCGAAUGGAGAUCGCCUUACAAUGGCGCCCACAGUGAAAAUCAUAUUCGAGCCCCACAACAUUGACAAUGCUUCGCCGGCAACGGUAUCACGGAACGGCAUGGUUUACAUGAGUUCAUCUGGCUUAGAUUCGAGACCGAUUGUGCAAGCAUGGCUAAAGAAUCGCGCACCUGGUGAGAAGUCGGUUUUCUGGAACCUUUUUGAGCAGACGUUCGUGCAGGUUUACAACUGGGGCACGCAAAACCUCAAGUUGUUGAUGUCGGUGCUGCAGUGCAACAUAGUGCGCCAGAUGCUGUCGAUUUUGGAGGGUUUGGUGCCGGUAAAGAAAGAGGAAGAGCAGGCCGUUAGUAUGUCGAGCAAAGAAACAAACGACGCAGCAAAAUUGGAAAAAUACAAAAUGGUAGCCAAUGUGAAUGACGUAAAACAGGAGCGUCCCGAAUCCGCCUACAACGACGAUGGUGAUGAGCUUCCCGAGGAGCCAGCUGUAGAGGAGAAAGAGGACACUUGCACACCGGAACACUUGCACCGACUGUAUAUCUUCGCGUUGGCUUGGGGCCUCGGUGGAUACCUCAGUACCGUUGAUCGUAAACGCCUGGACUUAUACGUUAAAGAAGCAUUCCCUGAGCUGGACUAUGCACAGGGCACACCCAACGAAAAUAGUAUUUUUGACUUCUUCGUUUCCGAAACUGGCACUUGGCAGGCAUGGAAGACACUGGUCACUCCUUAUAUGUAUCCUGAAUUGUCUACGCCGGAUUUCCUAAACAUACUGGUGCCCAUUGUUGACAACGUACGCAUGGAUUACCUAAUUGCCACUAUAGCUAAUCAGGAACGUGCCGUUAUGUUGAUCGGCGAACAGGGUACCGGCAAGACAGUGAUUAUGAAGAACUUUAUGAAGAAAAUGAACCCGGAGUCAUAUAUGGGUCGUUCCUUUAACUUUUCGUCCGCCACCAGUCCCUAUCAAUUUCAGCGCACUAUCGAGAGCUAUGUGGAGAAACGUGUGGGUGUUACAUUUGGACCACCUGGCGGACGUAAAUUGAUCGUUUUUAUCGAUGACGUUAAUUUGCCCGAGAUCAAUGAGUGGGGCGAUCAGGUGACGAAUGAAAUUGUGCGUCAGACCAUGGAUAUGAAGGGCUUCUAUAGUUUGGAAAAGCCGGGUGACUUUACAACAGUUGUAGAUGUGCAGUAUGUUGCCGCUAUGGGUCUGCCGGGUGGUGGUCGCAAUGAUAUACCCUCGCGCUUGAAGCGCCAGUUUUGUGUUUUUAAUUGCAAUAUUCCUGAUGACGAUUCUAUUGAUAAGAUAUUUCGCGUGAUUGGUGAAGGCCAUUACAAUGCCAAGCGCGGUUUCGCGUCUGAGGUGCGUAGCCUUGUGAGGAAGCUUAUUGUUGUGACUCGCCAUUUGUGGCAAUGCACGCGCGAGAAGCUUUUGCCUACACCCGCCAAGUUUCACUACGUUUUCAGUUUACGUGACCUGUCACGCAUCUGGCAAGGUAUGGUGGGCACUUUGUCAACUGUUAUUACGGCGGAUAGUGUGCUGAUGUCGUUGUGGAAGCACGAAUGUACACGCGUUUUUGCGGAUCGUUUUACCACGUUUCAGGAUAAGGAGUGGUUCAGUUCGGAGUUAGCUUGCCUUGUACGUGAGGAGCUUGGCGAAGCCUAUUCGCAAAUGAUUAUACCGAACCCGGUGUUUGUCGAUUUCAUGCGUGAUGCACCUGAGCCGACGGGUGAGGAGGGGGAAGAUGCUGAUAUGGAAUUACCGAAGGUCUACGAACCGGUGAAUUCUCAUGAAGUGCUCCGGGAGCGUCUCGUUAUGUUUCUCGCACAAUUCAAUGAAAUGGUACGAGGCUCUGGGAUGGAUCUGGUCUUCUUCCCAGAUGCAAUGUUGCAUUUGGUGAAGAUUUCUCGAAUCAUUCGGCAUCCGAGGGGAAAUGUCAUGCUUGUCGGGGUCGGUGGAUCGGGUAAACAAUCAUUAACAAAAUUGGCAUCAUUCAUAGCUGGCUACAAAACAUUCCAAAUUGCUCUGACACGUUCAUAUAAUGUGGCCAACUUUCUGGAGGAUUUGAAAUUAUUGUAUCGCACCUGUGGUGUCCAAGGCAAGGGCACAACGUUCCUCUUUACCGACAUGGAUAUAAAAGAAGAGGGCUUUCUUGAAUACCUUAAUAAUAUAUUAUCGUCUGGUGUGAUAUCAAAUCUUUUUUCGCGAGACGAACAAGCCGAAAUUGUACAAGAAUUGACGCCGGUAAUGAAACGAGAGAAUCAACGCAAAACAGCGACCCCGGAAAGUGUGAUGGAGUUUUUCUUGGCCCGCACUUGCGCCAAUCUGCAUGUGGCGUUUUGUUUCUCACCGGUCGGUGAAACAUUCCGAUCGAGGGUGCAACGAUUUCCGGCACUGGUGUCCGGCUGCACCAUCGAUUGGUUCCAGCCAUGGCCAAAGGAUGCACUCGUCUCGGUGGCAAGACACUUUCUGAGUGACUUUGAAAUUGAGUGUACACCGGCAGUGAAGGAAGAAUUGGUCAACGCACUUGGAUCUAUACAGGAUAUCGUAGCGGAAACAUCAUUAGAAUACUUUCAGCGUUUUAGGCGUGCCACGCACGUAACACCGAAGUCCUAUUUGAAUUUCAUAGCUGGCUAUAAAAAUAUAUACCAGCAAAUACAGAAAGAGUUACGCGAUGGCGUGGAAAAGAUGGACACCGGGUUAGAAAAAUUAAAAGAAGCCUCUGCAUCCGUAGAAAUAUUGAAAAAAGACCUAGUAGUUAUGGAGGAGGAGCUAGUAGAGGCCUCAAAGAAUGCCGAAUCGGUGUUGGUUGAAGUGACUGAAAGAGCGAUGCAAGCCGAAACCGUCAAAAAUCAAGUACUGAUUGUGAAAGAUAAGGCUGAGGCGUUGGUGGCUUACAUUGCACAGGAGAAAGCACUUGCUGAGGAAAAGCUGGAGGCAGCCAAGCCGGCGCUAGAGGAGGCCGAAAUGGCGUUGAACACCAUUAAACCGGCGCAUAUUGCAACGGUGCGUAAGUUGGGCCGACCACCGCAUUUAAUCAUGAGAAUUAUGGAUUGCGUACUGAUAUUAUUCAAACGGAAAUUACAUCCUUGCAUACCAGAUUCCGGAACACCGUGUCCAAAGCCCUCGUGGCAGGAAUCGUUAAAAUUGAUGGCCAGCGCGACAUUUUUGCUACAACUACAAAACUAUCCAAAAGACACAAUAAACGAUGAGAUGAUCGAUUUGCUGCAGCCGUACUUUCGCAUGGAGGACUAUAACAUGGACAUGGCCAGACGCGUUUGUGGCGACGUCGCUGGCUUGUUGUCCUGGACAAAAGCUAUGUCCUGCUUUCACAGUGUGAAUAAGGAAGUAUUGCCACUAAAAGCAAAUCUGACUUUACAGGAGGCGCGUUUGAAGCUAGCCAUGGACGACUUAGCUGGUGCUGAAGAGCAGUUGCGCGAGCGUGAAGAGGCACUUCAGGCUGUCAAAAAUCAGUAUGACAAAGCUGUGGGUGAAAAACAACGACUCACCGAUGCGGCCAACGUGUGUCUGCGCAAAAUGACUGCAGCCACAGCAUUAAUAAAUGGACUCUCAGAUGAAAAGCAUCGUUGGACCAAUCAGAGCAAAGAGUUUAAGAUACAACUGGGCAAAUUGGUUGGUGAUGUUUUGCUGGCGACAGGCUUUCUUUCUUAUUGCGGUCCAUAUAAUCAGGAGUUCCGUGCAAAUUUAAUUAAAACCUGGAUGGGCAUUCUAAAACAAAAGAAUAUACCAUUCACCACAGGCUUGAAUAUCAUCAACAUGCUCGUCGAUUCGUCCACUGUGUCGGAGUGGACAUUGCAGGGUCUGCCAAAUGAUGAGCUGUCUGUACAAAAUGCCUUGAUUGCCACAAAAUCGAGUAGUUAUCCAUUAUUAGUCGAUCCGCAGACACAGGGAAAACUGUGGAUCAAGUCAAAAGAGGGCGAUAAUGAACUGCAGAUCACAUCGCUAAAUCACAAAUACUUCCGAACACAUUUAGAAGACUCACUGUCGCUUGGGCGGCCGUUGUUGAUUGAGGACGUCGGCACCGAGCUGGAUCCAGUGCUCGACAAUGUAUUGGAGAAGAACUUCAUCAAGUCGGGUAGCAUAGAGAAGGUCUUGGUGGGCGACAAGGAGUGCGAUGUAAUGCCAGGCUUUAUGUUAUACAUCACCACCAAACUACCAAAUCCGCCUUUUAGUCCGGAGGUCAGCGCAAAAACGUCUAUCAUUGAUUUCACCGUCACAAUGCGUGGGCUCGAGGAUCAACUAUUAGGGCGAGUGAUUCUUAUGGAGAAGUCAGAUUUGGAAGCAGAGCGUGUCGCACUUUUUGAAACGGUUAUGACCAAUCAGCGCAAAAUGAAAGAAUUGGAGGCAAAUUUGUUGUAUCGGCUUAGUUCUUCACAAGGUUCGUUGGUGGAUGAUGAGGCGCUUAUAGAAGUGCUGCGUGUUACAAAAACCACGUCCGAAGAGGUCAAUCAGAAGCUAAAAAUUUCCGAAGUGACCGAACGUAAGAUAAUGAAGGCACGUGAAGAGUUCCGUGCAGUGGCUGCGCGUGGUUCAGUGCUUUACUUCCUGAUUGUCGAGAUGAGCAACGUGAAUGUUAUGUAUCAGAAUUCGUUAAAACAAUUUUUGGUUAUCUUCAAUAAUUCCAUUACAAAAUCGACCAAAUCAAAUGUGACCGAGGAGCGCAUACUAAUUAUUUUACGCUAUCUGACCUAUGAGGUCUACAAGUUCACGAAUCGCAGUUUAUAUGAGCGGCACAAGCAGCUGUUCACUUUGAUGUUGGCCAUCAAAAUCGACUAUCACAACGGCAACGUAACGCAUGAGGAGUUCAUGUCCUUUGUGAAGGGCGGUGCUUCGCUUGAUUUGAAUGCCGUAACACCGAAGCCAUUCCGUUGGAUUUUGGACAUCACCUGGCUGAAUUUAGUGGAGAUAAGUAAAUUGGAAACGUUCUCAAAUGUUUUGACGCUGAUCGAAUCGAAUGAGAAGGAAUGGCGUUUUUGGUACGAAGCUGAAAAACCAGAGAAUGAAGAGAUCCCCUGUGGCUAUCAAGAAUCUUUGGAUGGUUUCCGCAAGUUGUUGUUAGUACGCUCUUGGUGUCCAGAUCGCACAAUUUCGCAAGCGAAGAAAUACAUAGAGGAAUCUUUGGGCCCUGAAUACAGCGAAAUGCAAAUUUUGGAUCUUGAAGUUACUUGGGCAGAAUCGGAGCCACGCACGCCAUUCGUUUGUCUGCUGUCCAUUGGAUCCGAUCCUACCACACAAAUCGGCGCAUUGGCUAAGCAGAAGGGCAUACCUUUGAAAUCGGUAUCCAUGGGCCAGGGACAAGAAUGCCAUGCACGCAAAAUGAUAAUGGACUCAAUGUCCGGCGGUGGCUGGGUGUUGUUGCAGAAUGUUCAUCUCUCAUUGCCAUUCUGUUCGGAGGUCAUUGAUAUGUUGGUGGAGACGGAACACAUCGACGAUACGUUCCGCAUGUGGGUGACCACAGAACCACAUGCAGAUUUUCCAAUAGGCUUACUUCAAAUGGCUAUUAAAUUCACCAAUGAGCCACCGCAGGGCAUACGCGCAAGUCUCAAGCGCAGCUACCAGGCUUUCACGCAGGACUUUCUCGAUUACACGGCAGCGUCACAAUGGCCACCACUGCUAUAUACAGUGGCAUUUCUGCACACCAUCGUGCAGGAGCGUAGGAAAUUCGGACCACUUGGUUGGAAUAUACCGUAUGAGUUUAAUCAGGCGGAUUUUGCGGCGAGCGUGCAAUUCAUACAGAAUCACUUGGAUGAAAUGGAUCCGAAGAAGGGAGUCUCAUGGCAGACGCUUGUCUAUAUGAUUGGAGAGGUGCAGUAUGGUGGUCGCGUGACUGAUGAUUUUGAUAAAAGGCUGCUGACCACAUUCACUGCCGUGUGGUUUUGCGAGGGACUAUUGAGCAACUCAUUCGAAUUCUACAAAGGAUAUAAAGUGCCGAAUACGAAGAGUUUGCAAGGAUUCGUUGAUUAUAUAAACAGCUUGCCGGCUUAUGACACACCAGAAGUUUUUGGCUUGCAUUCCAAUGCUGACAUCACGUACCAGAUUAAUUCGGCUAAAGGCAUUCUGGACACCAUAUUGAGUGUACAACCAAAGGAGGGUGGUGGUGGGGGUGGAGAGACGCGCGAAAGCAUUGUCUAUCAACUGGCCGACGACAUGCUGCGUAAGCUUCCGUCACAGUACAACGCCUACGAGGUGCGUGAGAACCUGAUGCGCAUGGGAAUUCUCCUGCCGAUGAAUAUCUUUCUCAGACAAGAAAUUGAUCGCAUGCAGAAAGUGAUUAAGAAGGUGUACACCUGCCUGUGCGACCUGAAAUUGGCAAUUGAUGGCACGAUUGUGAUGAGUCCUGCAUUGAAGGAGUCCUUGGAUGCCAUGUAUGAUGCACGCAUACCGGAAUCUUGGAUGAAGAUAUCCUGGGAAUCGACGACCCUGGGCUUUUGGUAUACCGAGCUACUGGAACGCAACGCACAAUUUCGCACUUGGAUAUCAACAGAUCGCCCGAAAGUCUUUUGGAUGACGGGAUUCUUUAAUCCUCAAGGAUUUUUAACAGCUAUGCGUCAAGAAGUGACACGCGCACAUAAGGGUUGGGCUCUGGACUCGGUGGUAUUGCAAAAUCAAAUAACCCGCUAUAACAAGGAAGACAUCGCCGAAUACCCCACCGAAGGUGUCUACGUCCAUGGCCUGUUUCUGGAAGGCGCUUCGCUGGAAAGACGCAGCGGCAAAUUGGUUGAGUCGAAGAUGAAAGUGCUCUACGAACAAAUGCCCGUCAUUUACAUCUACGCCAUCAACACGACGGCAGGUAAGGACCCCAAACUCUACGAGUGUCCGAUCUAUCGCAAACCACAACGAACCGACGCGAAAUAUGUCGGCUCCAUUGACUUUGAGACGGAUUUCAACCCGAAGCAUUGGACAUUGCGUGGCGUGGCUUUAUUGUGUGACAUUAAAUAAACGAAAUGUUUACCUUAUUUGCAUAAUGCCGAAGAAGGGGAGGAGCUGUUUGGCAGCGAUGGAAAAGUGAUGAGAAUGUUGAUGGUAAAGUUUGCCGUCACGUGCUUCCGGUUUGCAAAGCAGCUUUGUGUGUGUGUAAAUUAUGUAUGUGUGUGUUAUUUGUGCGUUUGAUUCUGAUGGUCAUAUGUAUGUAUGUAUGUAUGUAGGUAUAUGUGUUGCUACAUAUAGUCGAAUAAUAAAGAAGGAAAAGCGUGGAGUAAAUGUGCUUUUUAAUGAAAUGCUGUAACGAUUUUGUGUAGAAAAUAAAUAAAACUG